CUGAACGAGCAGCUGAGGCAGGAAAUACAGUUUGUAGUUAUGAUGUGAGGUUUGUGUGUGCGUUAACCUUCCUUCCUGUGUGACUCACCUCUGUGAGGAGGAGGAGGGUUGUUUCAUCAUCACUUCAGGAAAUGUUUGUUGCUUCAGAGGCAGAUGAAGCAGCGAGAUUUAACACAACGAGCAAACGCAGCGUUUUACUGUCAGUGUCAUUAUAACGUUACAGUUUGUGCGUCGCUCGUCCUCCUGGUUCCUCCUGGUUCCUCCUGGUUCCUCCUCGUUCUGUUGUAACUGAACUAACGUGUUCUUCUGACCUCCUCAGAUGGAACAUGGACUCCUCCUGGUUCCUCCUGGUUCUGUCAGCCGCUGUCUUUGUCUCCAUGGCUCUGCUGACCGUCGUCUGCCUGUCCUGCUGGAACAAAGGUCCGCUGGUGUCCAUCAGACAAACACAUGCUUCAGAAGAAUACAUGCCGUCCACGGAAUUCAGAGUCAUUCAUCCAUUUCAGAUAACCAGUGAUCUGAACUCCAUCCGCUCUGCUCACCACCUGCUCUCACCACCGAGGGUUGUCUCGUCUUCAGCUGAUUCUGGAACUCAGCGGAGACACCGAUCCUUCACACCAACAGAAACUGAAAGUAAUCCAAGUUAUGAAAACCCAGCAGAAGGACCUGAGUAUCUGAACUCUGACCUGAAUCUGGCCGACAGUGACGUAGAAGAUCCCGGCUACAUCAUCGUGAUUCCUGACAGUGACGCUCUGGCACCAACAAACCAGAGCCAAGUCUCGACGCCCAGUUCAGACGUUCGACACGAGUACGUGAACCUCGAAGAUGAGAAACGUGAAGAACAGGGAGAAGAACGGGAGGAGGACGAGGAGGAGGAGGAGGAGGACGAGGAUGAGGAGGAACGGUACUACCUGAAUGUGGAUCCACAGGACUCUCAAACUGCAGCUCAGAGCAACUCUGACGACGAUGACGAUGAUGAUGAUGAUGAUGAUGAUGAUGAUGAUGGGAACUACGUCAAUCAGCCUCCGGUGAUUGACACUCAUCUCCGAGCAUGAUGGGAUGUCUGUCGCCUCGUUUUCAAGGAUCUGAGUGAUUGAGGGCGGAGCCUGCAGAAGAACAACAAACUCUAAUCCCAAAGCUUCAUCAUUACAACAUAAGGAAGAAAACUGAUGAGAGGCAUUUACGUCAGUUUAAGUGUGUGAUAUUUUUAACUUUAUCUCACUUUCACACACAAAACCCCAGAGA